CCUCCUCCACCACCCCCUUCCUGGAGAUGUAGACGUGUAGUCAUAUUGGAAACUGUCGUUAGAAACGCUGGAAGGAAGGGAGCGUCAUGCGGGAGGCAGCGACGAGGGAGUUUUUUUCAAAGGUUGUGCAACAUAAUCCAUCGCAGCAGUGCAAUUGAUGCAAGCUCGGAGACAAAGGAGCACAAGUUGACUGGUGUGGAGCCCAGAGCUGAAAUAAGAGGCUUUAAGGAGGCUCGUGGUCGGCUCAACGUCACCACGUUUUCAGCGUUUUACGCGCAAAGCUCCCCGCCGCAGAAACUUUGAGACAUACUGCAUUCUUGACUGAUGAUCAGAUAUCUCGACCACUGCUGGAUCUAAGCCUUUGACAGUUUCUUACCAAAUAUAGCCACUGUUAAUGCUGGAGCGUCCUUGACGGAGCGGAGGGAUCCUGGAUUGGGUAUUUGCAGCGCUGCCAAAGUUUAUAAUUAAAUGCUCAGCUCACUUUGAGUCGUUGGGGUUUUUUUUCCACCUACUAAUUUAGAGUAAUUUGCAAAUUGGGCUCUUGAAGGAGUUGGUGUGUCGUUUCAGAAGCUGGUUCUUCUAUUUUUCUGCCCGCUGUGAACUGCAGCACGAUGAUUUGAAAUCGCUCUGUGGCCAAUGACUGCUCUCAACAGAAGCCAUUUUUAAGUCUUUGAUUUCCAAGCCAGUCUGAGUCACUGAACGCGAGUUGCUCAACCUGAUCUGGGCUGCAGCGUCAACCUGUGCGCAUAGAUUUUUUUUAUAGCUCACUUUCUUUUUUUUAACUACUGUUCUCAAAUCUUCAACAAUGGCCGCUUGUGCGUCUGGCUCUGGGCGCGGCGGAGGUGCCAUGGCUCGGGUUUUCCUCACCAUCUGCGUGCUGGUGCUCGGGUUGGCGGUGGGCUGGGCUGGAGCCGAGGCUGAGGCGGCCACGGGGAGCCCACCGGCGGUCACCCUGCGCACUCUGAUCACCGGAACCUUCCAGGAGGUCCAGCGUUACGCGGAGUCGGUGGUUGGAAGCGGCGUGAUCCGGUCAUCUGCUGAGAGUGCAGUGUUGUUUCUUGAGUCAUUGCUUGGUCAGGAGAACGUCUAUACGGUGGCCAUGUUUUUGGAGAUGGUGAUCCGAUUUCUGGCUGAAGGAGCUGCCAGCGGCCUGAACGUCAUCGCUGUUUACGUCACAGAGAUCCUCAGGGUCACAGGAUUUGAUGCUUCACUGACGUUGCCCCGCUUCACUCCGGAGGGCGUGACCGCCAUCGCCCAGUGGGGUCUGGUGGCUCUCAUCGGCUACUGGGUGCUGACCAUCGUUCUCCGUUUGUUGAUUUGCGUGAUGAGGCGAGUGUUCUGGAUGGUGAAAACCGUCUUGGCGUUCUGGCUUUUCGGACUGAUCGUGACUGACAAGACUGCCAGCGCGGACAUCACGGCAGUUCGACUGGGCGGCCUGGUGCUGGGAUGGGUUCUGUUGACUCUGCUCACGUCGGGCUCUGAAAAGACUUUUGCCGUGGACCACAGGCUGAGCUCCCUGGAGAGCCGACUGAAGGCAGUGGAGAAGAGGAAAGGGGAUUAGUGACCGGAGAGGGUGGAGGGGAAAGGAGUUAAGAUGGACAGAGGUGAUGGAUAUAGUAACACUGACGGUUUCUGUAUGUGUGUCAAACUAUUAUGGGAAAUAAAGUCUCUGGGAUUUUUAAUCAGAAA